AUGCAUGGAAAGGCCCAGUGGAACCUGUACUUGCGUUCUGUUCACCGGUGUUCAAUUAGAUUCAACGAGCAAAGAGAGCUCUCCAAGCGCUAUGUGAGGUUCAAUCUACAGCAUCUUCUAGACGUCGCUGUCAAUGUCUGCGAGGGAGCUCGCCACUGUACCAAAGUCCUCAAAUGCUCCGAGGGCUUGCGCAACAAGGAAUUUAUCUUGAUAAUGGAUAACGGAGCGGAGGUCUUUGCAAAACUCCCUAAUCCAAAUGCGGGGCCUGCUCGGUUCACUACUGCUUCUGAGCUACGCAAUGUGUUUAAGGUCCCUGUUUCUCGGGUCCUCGCAUGGUCCUCCGAUGCAACGAACAAUCCCGUUGGAGCGGAGUAUAUCAUUACAGAGAAGGCUCGUGGGACUAGGCUUGGCUCUGUGUGGGGAGAGUGGCCGCGCGAAGCGAAACUAAAGCUGGUUGCGCAGAUUGUCGAUGUGGAGAAUAGGUUGGCUGCUAUACCGUUUCCGAAGCACGGCUGUAUCUAUUUCAAGGAUGAUUUGCGCGCGUUGACUGGGAGAUGCGAAGAUAUUGGUGUCGACACUUCCGGUGCUGGACUGCUCGGUCGCUUUGCUAUCGGGCCUCUUACCUCUGCGGAGCUUUGGGAGGGUAGUAGAGAAGGAAUGAUAUUAGAUUGUGGUCCCUGGCUAGACCCAAGUGAAUACACGCAAGCACUAGGGCGGAACGAAAUUGCAUGGAUCCAGUCCCACGCUCGCCCUCGAAUGAACUACUACCGGUCCAGUGAAGACCACGAGCUUCCCAGCGACGGCAUUGCGCUUCUCACUCAAUACAUGAAUGCGGCGCCUUACCUGGUCCCCCAGGCGACUGACGAAGCAGCGACGUUCAAAGUCCUCUGGCACCCUGAUCUCCAUCUCGACAAUGUGUUCGUCGAUCCUGCAACCUGCGAGAUCACUUGCAUUGUGGACUGGCAGUCUGCGUGCGUGGCGCCUCUAUUCUACCAGUCCGAUAUACCCAGGAUGUUCCAACAUGCUGGACCCGUCCGCGAAGGCUGGAUUCUCAGGUUUACAAACGCGCACCUCGUCACUGGGCAGUUCUUAGCCAGUCAACAGUUCGAGGUUUACAAAAUCCGGUCUGGCUAG